AUGAUAUUUUCAAUAGGAGACCAGAAAAAGAAAUACGAGACAAGGGAGGAUGUCUCAGGGGUGGUACAAGAAAUAAAAAAGUCUCUGGACGAGCUUGUGGAGGUUGAUCUGUCUGGAAACCAUUUUUCCGAAGAGGCAAUGGAAGAAAUAUGCCAUGUCCUCAGGGAUGCCAAGAACCUCCACGUGAUCAAUCUUUCCAGUGCGUUUCUGGGCCUUGACAAGGAGAAGCUGUACUCUAAUCUCGCCAUGCUUUCAAAAAUGCUUGCCAAUCACAAGAUACAGAAGAUUGACCUGAGCGACAAUGCCAUAAGCUCGGAGUUUCCCCCUGAGCUCGGGGAGUUUAUUUCCUCGUCCACUGAUUUGGUCCACUUGAAAAUGAACAACUGUGGGCUUGGGAAGAUCGGAGGGGGUAGGCUGGGAGAGUAUCUUCUCAAGAUAGCAGACAAGACCAAGCUGGAGGUGGUGGAUAUUGCCCAGAACAGGUUUUUCUCUUUUCCAAAGGAGCUUUCCGACGCACUGCUAGGAUUCAAGAAUAUCAAGGAGCUUCGAAUCCAGUACAAUACAAUCGAGGAAGAGACAAUGCUUGAGUUCCUAAGGGCAUUCCAGAGCCAUUCUCUUGAGGUGCUUGACAUAAGAGAUAACUUCCUGUCUCUAGAAGGGUCCAGAUACCUGGGGAGUCUUUAUUGUGAAUGGAAUCUGAGGGAACUCAGGGUUGGAGACUGUAUGAUGGGAAACGAAGGAGUGAAGGAUUUCCUCGAAAGAGCAAACAAGAAAUUUGUGCCAAUGGCCCUUCCUGGGGAUUACGACGGCAAGAGGGAAAGAAUUGCCCUCGAUAUAUCGUACAAUGAGUUUGAGCAAGAUGCUGUUGAAAUUCUCAAGGACUUCUGCAGUCGGAAUAUCAUCAAGGAGCUCGUUGUGUUUGGAAACUACUACGACGACAUAAGCGAUAUCAUCGAUAUUGUUGAAAAGCAAGGAGGAGUUGUUAUAACUGAGGAGCAUACAGAUCUGUCCAGCGACUCUGGGAUGGAGAUAGAUGAGUCUGUGAUUGAAGGGAUUGCAGAGAUGUAG